AUGGUGCGAGAAGCGUGUGUUAAAUUUCGCUUUUGUGGAGGUCUCGAGCCACCAGAUUGGGUACUGGCAGAGCUACCGCUACUGUCGGGAGAGCAAAGCAAAGUGGCGACUGGUGUUGUCCAAGGGGGGUUUUUAUUUACUUGCUUUUUAUAA